AGCCAACAUGUCAGCAGCAUCAUCAUCGAAAUUGAGAAGAGAGGCUAAGAAAGCUGAGCGCCUUGCUGCCAAGGGUGAAGCUCCCAAACCUAAACCCUCAAAAAAUGGCAAAGACAAAGGAGUUGACGGUGUGACAACCGAUCUUUCCCAAUUAUCCACUUCUGAUCCUAUUUUUGAGAGAAGCGCUUCUGGUGUAUUGAUUAGUCAUUCUAUGAGUCGUGAUAUUAAGAUUGACAGCUACACACUCUCUUUCCACGGUCGUCUCUUGGUUGAGAAUGCUACCGUCGAACUUAACCAUGGUCAACGUUAUGGUUUGUUGGGUGAAAAUGGAUCCGGUAAGAGUACUUUCCUUCAGUCCUUGGCUGCUCGUGAUGUUGAGAUCCCUGAGCACAUUGAUGUUUACUUGCUUAAUGCCGAGGCUGAGCCUACAGACAUUAAUGCUGUUGACUAUAUCAUCAGAUCUGCGAAGCAAAAGGUUCAAAAGCUUGAACUUGAAAUCGAAGAGCUUUCGACAGCAGACAAUGUCGAUGACGUUUUACUUGAAAGUAAAUACGAAGAACUCGAUGACAUGGAUCCUAGCACCUUUGAAGCUAAGGCUGCUAUGAUUUUGAGCGGUUUGGGUUUCUCUCAAGAAACGAUGAGAAAACCUACUAAGGACAUGUCUGGUGGUUGGCGUAUGCGUGUCUCUCUUUCGCGUGCUUUGUUCAUCAAGCCUUCUUUGCUUUUGUUGGACGAGCCUACUAACCACUUGGAUCUUGAAGCUGUCGUUUGGUUGGAAAACUACCUUUCCAAGUAUGACAAAUGUCUUGUGGUUACUUCUCACUCUCAAGAUUUCCUCAAUAGUGUUUGCACAAACAUUAUUGAUUUAAAUACCAAAAAACAAUUGAUUUACUAUGGUGGUAACUUCGAUAUCUAUAUGCGUACUAAGGAAGAAAACGAAACCAACCAAAUGAAGGCUUACCUUAAGCAACAAGAGGAAAUUGCGCAUAUUAAAAAGUUUAUUGCCGGCGCUGGUACUUAUGCUAACUUGGUACGUCAAGCCAAGUCUAAGCAAAAGAUUAUCGACAAAAUGGAAGCUGCUGGUUUAAUCGAAAAACCCGAACCUCCUCGUUCAUUCAGCUUUGAAUUUGAGGAAGUGCGUAAGCUUCCUCCUCCCAUCAUUGCCUUUAAUGAUGUUGCAUUCUCCUAUGACGGAAACAUUGACCAUUCCCUUUACCGUGACUUGUCCUUUGGUAUCGACAUGGACUCUCGUGUCGCCAUUGUUGGUAAGAACGGUACUGGUAAGUCCACUUUAUUGAACUUGAUUACCGGUAUGUUGAUUCCUAUCGAAGGUAAUGUCUCUCGUUACAGUGGCUUGAAGUUGGCUAAGUAUUCGCAACACAGCGCUGACCAACUUCCUUAUGAAAAAUCCCCUCUUGAAUACGUCAGCGAAACUUACAAAGCUAAAUUCCCCAACAGGGAACUUCAACAGUGGCGUAGUGUCCUGGGUAAGUUUGGUUUGUCUGGUCAACAUCAAACCAGUGAAAUCCGUACAUUGUCUGAUGGUUUGAAGAGCCGUGUCGUCUUCGCUGCCCUUGCUUUGGAGGAACCCCACAUUCUUUUGCUUGAUGAACCUACUAACCAUUUGGACAUUACAUCAAUUGAUGCUUUGGCUGGAGCUAUCAACAGAUGGAGCGGUGGUGUUGUUUUGGUUUCACACGAUUUCCGUCUUAUUGGUCAAGUUUCUAAUGAGCUUUGGGAAGUUAAGGACAAAAAGGUUGUGAAAUUGGACUGCAACAUUGAGGAGUACAAGAAACAAAUGGCUAUAGAAGUCCAAUCUCACGAUACCACUUCCAAGCUCAAGAACUUGGUUUAGGUUUUUUAAAAUUUCUUUCUAUAAUUGGUUGGAGGGAAUAUUAUUAUGUUUAGUUGAAGGUUAUUUUAUGUGGGUUAAAAAUAAUUCAAAUUUUUGUUAAAUGUCAUACUUUUGUUUAUGUUUAAAUUCUAGUACUUGACGUAGAUGGAUGUGAUGGUGUUUUUUAGGAAAGAGUAUUAUUGUCUUGUCUCAUUAUUCUUGAGAAUGAGUGUAUC